AUGUCGGAGCACAGUGCAAAGCGACAACGCUUGACGGGAUCCUUCUCACCGGCCUCGCCGCCCUACCACCUCGCUGCCAAGAGCAGCGAGACAAAGCCGCCCAUCGUCCACCCAAACACGCCCACCUCGCCGCCAUACCCCUCGAUGAGUUCGCAGCCAAAUGGCGGCCCUGCCUCGACUGCCCACCCAGCGCCCGCCGUAAUGACGCCGCCCUCCUCGGUGCACACGUCGCAGGCCGUCUCCCAGGCGGGCCCCUCGGCGACCAACGUGCACCCCUUCCCGACGCCCGCGAGUACCGCCGCGCUUUCGACCUCGCUCAAUCUGGACAGCGACGGCGAUCUGCAGAUGGACGACAGCCAGGGCGAUGAUGCGGUGCGCUUGCGUGGACACAGACUCACCAACCACAACCGGCAAAACAGGGUCAUCUUUGCCGACGAGGGCGGAGUGGCAGCGGCAAAGGGUGUUUGUGGCAGCCAGCUGUUCAAGCUCUGUCAAAGCACCCAUGAGCCCUCACAACCACACUCUUCGCAGAACUUGUUCGAGCUCUAUGGCCUCAACAACCUUGCAAAGACCGUUGCGCGCACUGACCCAGUCACGGGAGAAAAGAUUAACAAGCUUCGGAAAUCGUACGAGGGUCAUAUCAAGGCACUGCAGAUUGCCGGCAAGCCGAAAGCAUCCAAGAUGGAGUGGAAGUUCACCCAGCUGUACGAUAUCCCGGACCAGGAUUACUACCUUUCCACCGUAUCAGGCAAAGAAGCGAGCAAGGCCCUAGACCCGUCCAGGCCAGGAGGUCUAUCAUCAGCCUUUGACGAUCUUGUCGAUGGCGCAAUUGGAGGCAUGGGCCCAGGUCCCUUGCCCGCUGCGGACGCUAACAAAUACCGCGCUUACCUUGGAACCGAUGAGACGGUCAAGGCAAAGGCUGCGGCUGAAGGUCCGCCGCUUCGGGGUGCCACAUCUGCUGCUGCCACGCCGAAUCCACACGCUUCAUCCGCUGCAUCAAGGCUGGCAAGACCAGAAAGAGCAGGAUCAAAACGACAGUACACGGACACUUCAUUCCAAGGAUAUGGCGAGGGCUAUCAUGACGACUAUGCUGAAUCAACGGGAGGAGAGGACAAUGGAAACAUGGCGGCGAAGAGGCGGAAGCUGGCUGCUUUUGAGCGGACCUCUCACCAAGUUGAGGUCGGCGGUGUGCGACGGUAA